AUGACCAUAAUUGUCCUUCAUGCUACGAUUUUAUUUCUAGCAUUUACAGUGACCAUUCUCCUUUUCAAAAAAAUAACAACUACUUCAACUUUACCUCCUAAAUCUUGUUUACCACCCGGCCCUAAACCAUGGCCGAUUAUUGGUAAUAUUUCAAUAUUGAUGAGAAAUACACCAUUUUUUCAAUGGGUUCAUGAUACCAUGUCGAAAAUGGGCUACGAGAUAUUUUGCAUUCGCCUAGGAAGCGUGCAUGUGAUAGUUGUUACCUCCCCAGAGAUUGCAUGCGAGUUCCUCAAGAAACAAGAUGCAAUUUUUGUGUCACGUCCUACCUUCCUAUCAGCAGAGCUAGUGAGUGGUGGAUUUUCCACGACAAUCUUUACUUCAUUUGGUGACCAAUGGAGAAAGAUGCGGCGUGUAUUGGUCUCUAACAUCCUCUCUCCGGAAACCCUCCAUUGGAUGCACGACAAAAGAGCUGUGGAAGCCGACCACCUCAUUAACUAUGUCUACAAUGUUAUCCAGAGCAAUUUAGACGAUUCAGUAAACGUUAGGGUUGUAGCACAACACUUUUGCGGAAAUAUGAUUCGGAAUAUGAUUUUUAGUAAGAGGUUUUUCGGGAAGGGGACUGAAAAUGGGGGACCUGGAGUUGAGGAAGAACAACAUCUGGAUGGGAUUUUUACUAUACUCAAGUGUGUGUAUAAUUUCUGCAUUUCUGACUAUUUCCCGUUUCUUCGAGGUCGAAUAGAUCUCGACGGAAAUGAGAAAAGAACAAGACAAGCAGUUGAGAGUGUGAGGAAAUAUCAAGACCCGGAAAUAGAUAUGAGAAUUAAACAAUGGCAAGAAGGAACAAAAAAAGAGAAAGAUGAUCUUCUCGAUGUUCUAGUCACUUUAAAGGAUGACCAAGGAAACACUCUAUUGACAUCAGAAGAGAUUAAAGCUCAAAUUUUGGAAAUAAUGGUAGCAGCAGUUGACAACCCAUCAAAUGCUAUUGAAUGGAUUCUUGGUGAGAUGAUAAAUCAACCAGAGAUAUUGGUAAAAGCCGUUCAAGAACUAGACCAGGUUGUCGGAAAGAACCGGUUUGUCCAUGAAUCUGAUCUGGACAAUCUCAAUUACAUUAAAGCUUGCGUUAAAGAAUCUUUUCGACUCCAUCCAAUGGCUGCAUUCAAUGUCCCGCAUGUGUCUAUCUGUCACACCAUGGUGGCUGGUUAUUUCAUACCAAAGGGUAGCCAUGUACUCUUGAGCCGUCUAGGUCUGGGACGUAACUCUAAGAUAUGGGAUGAACCGCUUCGAUUCAAUCCUGAGCGUCAUCUUAAAAAUGACGGUUCACAUGUGAUAUUGAAUGAUCAAGAUCUCCACAUAUUGUCAUUUAGUAUAGGUCGUCGUGGUUGUCCCGCGGUUAACCUAGGAACCACCAUGUCAAUUAUGCUAUUGGCUCGACUUCUUCAAGGUUUCACUUGGAGCCCACCUCCAAAUACUACUUGCAUUAAACUUGUGGAGGCUAUUCAUGAGAUGACUCUUUCCCAACCUCUACUAGCCUUUGCAAGGCCACGCUUGGAUGAGAGGUUGUAUACAUCACUUAAUAAAUGCAAAGCUAUGGACAACUAA